UAGACACCAAUACAAUAGCAGCUGGGUCCAUUAAACCAGAAGAAAAAAACUGCGAGUGGGGUGUCUCGCUUCCUUUUCAGUCUCUGCCGAAACCCUUCUCCGCAACCAAGUUUCACACCCGGCUGCAUAGGGAAGGUCCACCGCUGCACCCCCCCAAACCUUCGAAGGCCAACCAUCCUCCGUCAGUGACCAGUCCUGUCAACCACCGCCGCUGUCCUUUCCGUGAGACCUCAGUGGCGAGGGCCGCUCCAAUUUGAGGAACGCAUCACACGAUUUUCUCGUCCAGUGCACUGUCAAAUAUUUCGAAAUGGCUCCGAAGAGAAGACCCGUUCCCCUAAAUAUCACGCCCAUUGGAGAGGGGCAGUCCAUCUCCACGACCAUCGAUGCUGCGUCGGAAGCAAAUCUGGAGGCCUUACAGAAGAAGCUAGGCGAGCUAGAUUUGGACGAACAGCAGAGGAAACGUCUGGAGGCUUUCCUCACCCAGAAAGCCCAAGUGGGCGAGCUGAAAGAUGAUGAUUUCCACCCCAUAUGUGAGCUGGGCGCUGGCAACGGUGGAGUGGUCAACAAGGUCCGCCACAAACCCUCCAGACUGGUCAUGGCCCGGAAGCUCAUCCACCUGGAGAUUAAGCCUGCCAUCAGGAACCAGAUAAUCAGAGAGCUGCAGGUGCUCCAUGAGUGUAACUCUCCCUACAUCGUGGGCUUCUACGGGGCCUUCUACAGCGAUGGAGAGAUCAGCAUCUGUAUGGAGCACAUGGAUGGAGGCUCUCUGGAUCAGGUACUGAAGGAAGCCAGGAGAAUCCCUGAGGAGAUCCUGGGCAAAGUCAGCAUAGCAGUACUCAGAGGACUUGCCUAUCUGCGGGAAAAGCACCAGAUCAUGCACAGAGACGUCAAGCCCUCCAACAUCCUGGUGAACUCGCGCGGGGAGAUCAAGCUGUGUGACUUUGGCGUGAGUGGCCAGCUCAUCGACUCCAUGGCCAACUCCUUCGUGGGAACGCGCUCCUACAUGUCGCCGGAGAGACUGCAGGGCACACACUACUCUGUGCAGUCAGACGUGUGGAGCAUGGGCCUGUCCCUGGUGGAGCUGGCCAUCGGCCGCUACCCCAUCCCCCCGCCUGACGCCAAGGAGCUGGAAGCCAUCUUUGGCCGGCCAGUACAGGAUGGAGCUGAGGGGGAACCACAGGCCCCCUCCAACCGCCUCCCCAGACCACCAGGAGGACGACCAGUCAGCGGACAUGGGAUGGACAGUCGACCUGCCAUGGCUAUAUUUGAGCUACUGGACUACAUUGUCAAUGAGCCUCCUCCCAGGCUUCCACUCGGUGUCUUCACCAACGAUUUCCAGGAGUUUGUGACAAAAUGUCUGAUCAAGAAUCCAGCGGAGAGAGCUGACCUGAAGAUGCUGAUGAACCACACGUUUAUCAAGCGUGCUGAGGUGGAGGAGGUGGACUUUGCUGGCUGGAUGUGUAAAACCAUGGGCCUCAACCAACCCAGCACCCCAACCCGCAUCACAGAAUGAACAGCCCAACGCCAAACUGCUAACCACAUUAGGAUCCAUGGUGUCUCACUGUCACACACACACACUUUGGCACCCUUUUCGUCUUGCUCUUAAAAAAAGGUUUCAGCACUCUCUCUAAGGUACACAUAUCAUCAACAGGGCCAAUUGACUCAAUGUAUGACCACAGAUUUCGCAUACCAGUGGCAGGGUAGAUCUACACACUAGUCAUGAUCUUUUUCCCCAAUCAUCAUAUUAAAGAGAAGGUACAAGGCAUGAAAGGGCUGCCAGGUUAUAAUUUAAUGAUUUGUCAUUGAUAUCAUCUUACCACAUUUGUAUUGAUAAAUUCUGUAUUAAUAUUGGCAAGAGAGUUGUUAAUGGUUUGUGCAACUGCAUAUUAGUGAAGGCUGUAGAGGGGCCAUCUUUGACAAAGAAAAAGUGUCCAUGACAGAAAUCACUGGAGUCAAGUGCUUUGUAUUCACAGGAGGACAGCAAACCAAAGAAGGUACUCAUCGUGACUACUAAUGUUUUGCAUUUAAUGCCUUAUCAAAGUACUUCGUUUUGUACAUUCAUGACCAGUACAGUUUUGAGAGAGGAGUACUUUGAAUGUUGACAUUUUUAUUUGAUUAUAAUAGUAAUUACGUAGUUAUCAAAUGUGCUCAUUUUUACAAAAUGACAUAAUUUGCUAUCUUAUAUAUUUUCCAGACACUCAAGAUCAUGUUUUUUUUUUUUUUUUUUUUUUACUUGUAUCUGUAUCAACUGCCUGGAACGCACAUCUGUGUCAAGUCAGAAUAUGUCCAACACCUUGACUACAGACGCUCUGAAAUGUUCAGAUUUUUGCCAGUCGACUCAAUUUAUUCCCCAAAGUGUUUUUGGUUCUGCUCGCACUGUUCUGCUUUGCGUGAGUAAGUGUAACCUACACGCCAAGCUUUCUUUUGGUGAAGCCGUGGUUACUGGCUCUGGUGGGGGUUGGGGUAGCAUGUAUUAAUUAGCCUGUCGUCUGUAAGAGCCCCUGUAUAUAUAAUCUGCUUCUGGCUGACCUUUACAAUUUUCAAUAGAUUUGCAUUCGUUGCUAACAAAGUUAAGGCAUUGUCGCCUGUAUGUGUAUAAAGCUAUAUAAACUGUACGCAAGUGCUAUUUUGCAGUCUUAAGAAAAAUAUGUUGACUCGUUUAGACAGAAAUGUAAGAAAUUUCGUUUUAUCUAAAGAAAAUGUGUUGGAUAUUGUUAUAAUGUAAAAAAAAUAAAACGUAUUUGUGAAUGUA